AUGGCCCGUGGCCACAAGAGCGAGGAAGAUGCUUUUGGAGAGGACGAAGGAGAGGACGCGUCAGUCAACGACAAGGUCCAGGCUCAUGUCUCAAGAUCCAAAGACAAGCCCAGCAGACGGCGCGACAGCGUCACAAGUGCGACCCUGGGCUUCGACGACUCGGAUGAUUUCUGCGCGCCAACUUCUCUGCAGGCAUCCGAGCAGGCGAUCCUCACCUUGCGAAGGUGUGUAAUGAAAUAUCGCGUUACUUCCGCCGGUCCCAUUGACCCUUACGUGCAGGAGCUGCUGGGACCUGCCAAGGCUCGAGCUGUGCUGGCAGACGAGAACCGUCUGAAGCUGCUGAUGGAAUCGGUGGAUGCAGAUCCGAGGAACGUUGGAGCCGGACAGAAAGCCAGGGGGCUCUUCCGAAAAGUGCACGCAGCAAUGAAGUUGAAGAAGCACGAGGAAGAGCCCGCGGACGAAGCGAGGCAGGUGGAUGAUCUCGCCGUCCUCCCACCCGAUGAUCCGAACAAGAGGACGAAGCGGAACUCUCGUCGUGAGUCUCGCCGUCGCUCUUCACAAGAGGCAGCCAAAGUGGCCGGAGCGCCCAAAAGCCCGAAGAAAACACGUCGGGCAUCUGCGGCCGGGCAGGACAAGGUGGAGCUCCCCGCUGUGUCUUCCCCCAAGAAGCGUAACCAGACUCAAUUAAGCGGAAGAUGUUACUUCUCUCUGCUGGUCACGUUGACUGAACUGGAGCCGGCAUUGUUCACAUUUGGUACUGUUCAGUCCAGCAGCGCAGAGAGUGCACUGGCCAUGCGGCUGGCCUCAACAGCUUGCCUGAUACGCACCUUCCGUUCAUUGUCCAUGCAGCGGUCUCAGAAGGAAGACCCGGACACUCAUGAAGAAAUCAGCUUCGAGGACCAGCCUUGGCAAGAAAACCUUGACCAAAUGAUCAACGAGGUCCUCCUUACGGAAAUCGCCAGACUUCGAGCUACCUUCAGUCAGCACUUGCGCGAGCACGAGGUCGCUCUGUCCCAGCUGCGCUCUGACAACGGGCAUGCGCGUUCGUGGGCCCGGCAGGAUGUCGAGCUUCUCAGGCAACAGGUGCAGCUGAUGGAAAGACAGCGUCGGCGACGAAGCUUUGAGGUGAAAAAGCUCCGAAAGGCGAUGAAGGAAGUACGAAAUGCUCUUUUUACAGAAACGCCUCCGGCUGCGCAGGGGCACCUGGCUGCAAAGCAGCUCCUCGAUGAGGUGCGAAAUGAGCGCGAACGGAGGCUAGCUGAAAAGCGCUAUUUGGAGGACCAAAUCAAGAAGCUGAGCGACGAGGUUGAGGAACAGCAAAAUGCUGCUCCACUUGUCGAUCAUGAAAAGGAGAAGCUGAAAGCCUCCGUCAGGCAGCUGAAGUUGUCAAUAGAAUCGAAAGACCGAUAUGCAUGCUGGGUGUGUAACCGCGCAUCCCAUGAGCGCCAGGAGUCUGGAUCGGACACCGAGGACUCGGACCGCCAUGAGGACGAGUGCGUGAUGAUGAGAAGGCGCUUGGUGGAAAUGGAGGAUGAGAUUCGCUUGCUAACUGGUGGCACUGCAGGCAGUGGCGUGGCAGAUUUUCAGAGUGCAGCGCCUUCCCAGGCAUCCAGCCAAAAGCCUUCGGCAAGGCUUUCCCUGGAGCCACCGUCCAUUGCAGAGUCGCCAAUGAGCCCCAGCUCCACCUUGCGACCUUUUCGGGAGCGAGUGCCUACGCCAUGGGCCGAAGCUGGGAUGACAUCAGUUGCGGAGGCAUCCGUGCAGUUCAUGGAUGCCAUUACCACGGUGACAUCGCCAGAAGUCCCGGAAAGUGUUCCAGAGGUUGGCAACAGGUCCGUGCGUGACCGCAUCUCAACGCCUUACGUGAGAGCAACCGCAGAUUUGGAGGAGCGCAGGGUGUUCCUCGCACCGGCGCUGUCGACGGUGGAGGAUGCGACAAGCGUGGUGCAGUCAAAGCAGCACAACCCCGUGCAGGAGUUUGAAGCGGAUGCCAACGCCACAUGUAAGUUCACAGAUGAUCGAGGACAGCUCCGAACACUUCAACAGCUGAUCGUGUUUUGCAUUCAACGGCUUUCGGAUUGGCUGUCGCGCGACGCAGCAGGAGACUCUGCCGAACACUGGAAAGAUGGUUCGAAUCUUGUCCGCGGAAACCCAGGCCGGGAAGGACCUGACGAGGAAGCGCGCCUUGUCCGCUACUUGCGAAACUUGUUUCAGGAGGAGCCUGAGGCACACCCAACUCCUAGUCCCAGUCAAAGCAGAUGGACCGGGCUGGACAACGACAGAAGCAUCAGCUUCAGUGCACAUGUGGAAGCCGUGGAUGCAGCCAGCCGGGCUUGUGUUGCACCAGCUCGAGACAUCCGUGAGAGAACUCCCACGGGUUACAUCCAAGAUGGACACCUGGACGCUGAGGAGAAAUCGGUGAAGUUUGGGAAUGAUGUGUCGGUCGUGCAGGCAGCCUCUCUUUCACUUCCUGGACAGGCGAGGAGCAUCAGAGAGCGGACUCCCACUGGCUUCAUUUCAGACGAGUCUGCAAUGGCACCAGCUGAUGACAGAAGCAUCAACUUCAACGCCGAAGUGGAGGCCGUGGAUGCUGCCAGCCGGGCUUGUGUCGCACCAGCUCGAGACAUCCGUGAGAGAACUCCCACGGGUUACAUCCAAGAUGGACACCUGGACACUGAGGAGAAAUCGGUGAAGUUUGGGAAUGAUGCGUCGGUCUUGCAGGCAGCCAGCUCUGGGGCACAUCCUGGACAGGCGAGGAGCAUCAGAGAGCGGACUCCCACUGGCUUCAUUUCAGACGAGUCUGCAAUGGCACCAGUUGAUGACAGAAGCAUCAACUUCAACUCCCAAGUGGAGGCCGUGGAUGCUGCCAGCCGGGCUUGUGUCGCACCAGCUCGAGACAUCCGUGAGAGAACUCCCACGGGUUACAUCCAAGAUGUACACUUGGACACAGAGGAGAAAUCGGUGAAGUUUGGGAAUGAUGUGUCGGUCUUGCAGGCAGCCAGCUCUGGGGCACAUCCUGGACAGGCGAGGAGCAUCAGAGAGCGGACUCCCACUGGCUUCAUUUCAGACGAGUCUGCAAUGGCGCCAGUUGAUGACAGAAGCAUCAACUUCAACGCCCAAGUGGAGGCCGUGGAUGCUGCCAGCCGGGCUUGUGUCGCACCAGCUCGAGACAUCCGUGAGAGAACUCCCACGGGUUACAUCCAAGAUGGACACCUGGACGCUGAGGAGAAAUCGGUGAAGUUUGGGAAUGAUGUGUCGGUCGUGCAGGCAGCCUCUCUUUCACUUCCUGGACAGGCGAGGAGCAUCAGAGAGCGGACUCCCACUGGCUUCAUUUCAGACGAGUCUGCAAUGGCACCAGUUGAUGACAGAAGCAUCAACUUCAACUCCCAAGUGGAGGCCGUGGAUGCUGCCAGCCGGGCUUGUGUCGCACCAGCUCGAGACAUCCGUGAGAGAACUCCCACAGGUUACAUCCAAGAUGUACACUUGGACACAGAGGAGAAAUCGGUGAAGUUUGGGAAUGAUGUGUCGGUCUUGCAGGCAGCCAGCUCUGGGGCACAUCCGGGACAGGCGAGGAGCAUCAGAGAGCGGACUCCCACUGGCUUCAUUUCAGAUGAGUCUGCAAUGGCACCGGUUGAUGACAGAAGCAUCAACUUCAACGCCCAAGUGGAGGCCGUGGAUGCUGCCAGCCGGGCUUGUGUCGCACCAGCUCGAGACAUCCGUGAGAGAACUCCCACAGGUUACAUCCAAGAUGUACACCUGGACACAGAGGAGAAAUCCGUGAAGUUUGGGAAUGAUGUGUCGGUCUUGCAGGCAGCCAGCUCUGGGGCACAUCCGGGACAGGCGAGGAGCAUCAGAGAGCGGACUCCCACUGGCUUCAUUUCAGACGAGUCUGCAAUGGCACCAGCUGAUGACAGAAGCAUCAACUUCAACGCCCAAGUGGAGGCCGUGGAUGCUGCCAGCCGGGCUUGUGUCGCACCAGCUCGAGACAUCCGUGAGAGAACUCCCACAGGUUACAUCCAAGAUGUACACCUCGACACAGAGGAGAAAUCGGUGAAGUUUGGGAAUGAUGUGUCGGUCUUGCAGGCAGCCAGCUCUGGGGCACAUCCGGGACAGGCGAGGAGCAUCAGAGAGCGGACUCCCACUGGCUUCAUUUCAGACGAGUCUGCAAUGGCACCAGCUGGUGACAGAAGCAUCAGCUUCAACGCUCAAGUGGAGGCCGUGGAUGCUGCCAGCCGGGCUUGUGUCGCACCAGCUCGAGACAUCCGUGAGAGAACUCCCACAGGUUACAUCCAAGAUGGACACCUGGACACUGAGGAGAAAUCGGUGAAGUUUGGGAAUGAUGUGUCGGUCUUGCAGGCAGCCAGCUCUGGGGCACAUCCUGGACAGGCGAGGAGCAUCAGAGAGCGGACUCCCACUGGCUUCAUUUCAGACGAGUCUGCAAUGGCACCAGCUGGUGACAGAAGCAUCAGCUUCAACGCUCAAGUGGAGGCCGUGGAUGCUGCCAGCCGGGCUUGUGUCGCACCAGCUCGAGACAUCCGUGAGAGAACUCCUACAGGUUACAUCCAAGAUGUACACCUGGACACAGAGGAGAAAGCUGUGAAGUUUGGGAACGAUGUGUCGUUCCUACGAGCUGCCAGCACGGAAGCACUGCCUGGACAGGCCAGACGAGUUUCCGAAAGAAUCCCCACUGGCUUCAUCUCAGAAGAUGUGACCAUCACGCCACCUGCCGAUGAAAGGGGCAUCAGCUUCAGUACACAAGUGGUAUCUGUAGAUGCAGCCAGCAAGGCUUGCACCGGACCAUCUCGAGACAUCCGCGAGAGAACUCCAACAGGUUACAUCCAAGAUGGACAGUUUGACACAGAGGAGAAAUCUGUGAAGUUUGGGAACGAUGUGUCGUUCCUACGAGCUGCCAGCGCGGGAGCAUUGCCGGGACAGGCCAGACGAGUUUCCGAAAGAAUCCCCACUGGCUUCAUCUCAGAAGAUGUGACCAUCACGCCACCUGCCGAUGAAAGGGGCAUCAGCUUCAGUACACAAGUGGUAUCUGUAGAUGCAGCCAGCAAGGCUUGCACCGGACCAUCUCGAGACAUCCGCGAGAGAACUCCAACAGGUUACAUCCAAGAUGGACAGUUUGACACAGAGGAGAAAUCUGUGAAGUUUGGAAACGAUGUGUCGUUCCUACGAGCUGCCAGCACGGGAGCAUUGCCGGGACAGGCCAGACGAGUUUCCGAAAGAAUCCCCACUGGCUUCAUUUCAGAAGAUGUGACCAUCACGCCACCUGCCGAUGAAAGGGGCAUCAGCUUCAGUACACAAGUGGUAUCUGUAGAUGCAGCCAGCAAGGCUUGCACCGGACCAUCUCGAGAUAUCCGCGAGAGAACUCCAACAGGUUACAUCCAAGAUGGACAGCAUGACACAGAGGAGAAGUCUGUGAAGUUUGGAAACGAUGUGUCUUUCCUACGAGCUGCCAGCGCGGGAGCAUUGCCGGGACAGGCCAGACGAGUUUCCGAAAGAAUCCCCACUGGCUUCAUUUCAGAAGAUGUGACCACCAUGGCGCAAUCUGAUGAAAGAAGUAUCAGCUUCAGUGCGCAGGUGGAGGCCGUGGAUGCUGCCAGCAAGGCCUGUGCCGGACCAUCUCGAGACAUCCGCGAGAGAACUCCCACAGGUUACAUCCAAGAUGGACAUCUGGACACAGAGGAGAAAUCGGUGAAGUUUGGGAACGAUGUGUCGUUCCUACAAGCUGCCAGCACGCGAGCACCGCCGGGACAGGCCAGACGAGUUUCUGAAAGAAUGCCCACUGGCUUCAUCUCAGAAGAUAUGACCAUCACGCCACCAGCUGAUGAAAGGAGCAUCAGCUUCAGUACACAAGUGGUCUCUGUAGAAGCAGCCGACCUGGUGAAGACGGAUGUCCCUGGCUCGUAUGCCAGCUCAGCAGUCAUGGACGAUGUGGAUGCUGGGAGCAGAGGCGUUCCAGGCCGCGCAACCACCGGCUUCGUUCAUCGUGACGAAGUCCUUCCUGGGGAGGUUUCAACACACCUCGGGCAAGAUGCGGCCAGCGAAGCCGUGCUUGAUGCAAGGACUGUCAGUUUCCGGCCUGCUGCAGAGAUUAGCUUGGUAGAGUUUGACCAUGGUGCUUUGUCCGACGAGGAUGUUAAAGUGAAGAGAAAGCUGCCUCUUAAGCCCGUGCGCGACCGCCAGCAAACCAGCUGGGUGCCAUCGCUGCCGUCUGAUGAGAAGUCUGUUCGGUUCAAGGACUUGCCGACCAGCCCCCUUGGCAAGAGGACCGGAUCGCCAGAUCCUCCUUCAGCCAGCAAAUCGGAUUCGCAAACGACUGAUGCUAACACGGCAAGCACAAAAUCCAGAGGAUCCGAGGGAAGCAGAGGACGCGGAUCCGAAGAUGACCCUCCAAGUGAUGCUGAAACCGUGUCAAGUGCCAGCUCAAGAAAUCCACGAUCCAGAAUGACCACACCAUUUAUGUCAGCGGUUGAUUGGGGCUAUGAAGUGAGUGCUCCUAAAGAGGCAACGCAGGCAGGUGCUGCUGGUGCUGUUGCUGCUGGUGGUGCUGGCGACAGCGUCCCCAGUUCCAACCGCCGCCGAAGGUCCAAGCCAUCGUCACUGGAGCCAUACUCUUCCGCAACGGAUCGCAAUCUCGUGAAACAGGUCAGCAUUGAGUCCAGCAUUGAGCGGGAGAUCACUGAGCGUGUCAAGUUGAAUGCUCAGCGCCAAGCCAGAGAGGAACGGCUGGUCCAAGUGGGCAGUGCUGAUGCGAACGUGCCUUUGGCCCUCGAGAGGUGUUCGUCAGCAGAUGGUGGAAACCCAGAGGCAGAUCUUGCGAAUCACAUCGCAUCUUGCCUGCAAGCCAUUUCGGAGCUUGUCUAA